AUGUUCACCAACCCAAUCGGUGCAAACUGCACCGAACCUCCGGGCAGGGCCCGAACAGGGCCCACCGUUAUCAGCUCGAAAUGGAACGGGUCCAAAGAUAAUCCAACCGUGCCCGAUGCCUCGGAUAGGAUCAACUCUUUCUUGCGUACAUGGCGAAUGUUCGAACACCCUCGACUGGAAUCGGGCUUUGGCCCUGACGCCACUCGACGUCGGCCGGGCCCACUGAUGAGGAGACGGGCUUCGAGUGCUCGGAUGCGCAUUUGUUGCGCCUCUCCUCCCGACUCCAACCCCCGCCUUGGCAUCGCGGGUCGGGAGGGCGUAGUGGCGGCACCGGAGAAUCGAGCCGUCGGGGAGGACGAGUCGCCGGAGGAGGUCGAAGUCGUGGUUGCCGACCGAGUCGCUGAUGUAGAUGGGGCCGCCGGAGAUGGCUCGGGAGGCGGCGUGGAAGAGUGCGCAUGGGUGGGUCGACUGGAACAUGUCCCAAUCAGGGUGGAUAAAGUUGCCCAUCCAAAGGCUGUUGUAGGCGCAGUGGACCAUGUGGCAGCCCUGCAGCCAGAACGUGCCGUUCGGAAAAACUCACCAACGCGACCAAGGGAAAUGGCCUCUGUCCCUAGGAACAUGAAAUCAUUACAAUGCUCCAUGCUUGCAAUCACACCAUUCCCUUUGAAAUGGUUCCUCACUGAAGAAGUCAACGCUUUGUAG